AUGAAGUUACUAGGUUGGAUGCAUCGUAAGUUCCGGCAGAAUAGCAAUGAGCCCUUCAAAGAUUUUUCCAUCGGGCAGCCGUCACUGGAUGACGUACAAUACCCUUCAAAGCCAAACUAUUGCACUAAACCAUUAAUCAGAGGACAAAGGGACAACCAACUUCGAAAAUCAUCUGCCAGUACUGAUGCUGCUAGGACUGAUGGUGAUGAUAUUGGAGAAGAGACAUCGGCUGCACUUUCUGAGUUCUUCCAUGGCUUCCUUGCAAUUGGUACCCUGGGGACAGACCCAGUCACUGCUGACCCUUCAACACCAACAUUUUCCAUCUCUGUGGAGAACAUAAUGGAGAAAGAAACUGAAGUGACCGAAAAUGAGUUGAAGCUGAUCAAUGAUGAAUUGGAGAAGGUGCUGGGAGCCGAUGAAAUUUGUAAUCUCUCAUCAGGAAGAAACAGCCAUGUUAGCACCGGGAGGAACAGCCACGUGAGCACUGGAAGGAACAGUCAUGUCAGUGCAGGAAGGAGCAGUCAUUGUAGCGCAAUUACACUUGGGGGCAAGCCUACGGAAAGCACAGAUGCCAAUGGGAAUGGGACAAUUGUCUGUCCACUGCAAAGCUAUCUUCUUGGAUCAGCAAUUGGAUUCCCAGAAACAACGACAACAACAACAACAACAACAACAAGUACUACUACUGCAAAGAAAGAAAGUAGGGUGUCGCUUGGAGAGCUCUUCCUGAAAACAAAACAAGCAGAGGAUAUCUCUGGAGCAAAACCUGAAAGGGCAGCUGAAAAGAAACCGGACAAGGAAUCCGAUAAGUUUGCAGUUCUUCUUGUCAAGAAGAUGCUAAAAAGAAAAAUACUCCAUCCUAAUCGGAACUGCAUUGCGGCUUCUGGAGGAACAACUGAUUCUGCUUCAGCUGAAACCAAACUGCACAAGAUCCUCCAUCUUUUCCACAGGAAAGUCCACCCUGAAAGCUCAGCAGCUGCCAAGAAGUCUAAGAAGCCGCCAAGCCAGGUUGGGGAAAGAAGUGGCGGGAGCUACAAGAGGCCAUAUAUCAUUGGAGGCCCAGAGGAUACGGAUGAAGACAUCAUAAUAACCCCAUACCAGCCCCUCUCAAAGGAACGCCUAAGACGCUUCAAGAGCCAAUCAAACCCACCCCAACUCUCACUCAAUGGUGGCAAUCCUCUUGGCACUGGCGAACACUGGAUUAAAACAGAUUCAGACUACCUGGUGCUGGAGCUCUGAAACAGAAGCAGGCAGCAAUUUCAAAGUGUGGUGGCUCGCAUUAAACCUACAGGAUGCCAAAAUGGUUGUGUGUGUGUGUGUGUGUGUGUGUGUUUAAAAGCACUCUCUCAACUAAGUAGCAAGUACUUUGAUUGUUAUUUUUCUUGAUCCGCGAUUGUGACCUUGGCUUUGUAAUUACCCAUACCUGUAGAGUGGGUUAUUUUGCCUGAUAAGUUUGA